CACCGGUACCGGCACCGGCACCAUGGGGCCCGCCGUCCUGCGCGUCCUGGUGCCGCUGCUCGGCUGUCUGCUCUCCGCGGCAUCCAGCACACGUCCGGAGUGCAGCAUCAUGCAGGAGAUUGAAGAAGAACGUGACCAAUGCUUGGCAGAGCUACCUGGGGAUAACCACACUUCAGGUUGCAGAAGGCAAUGGGACAACAUUACCUGCUGGCCCAAAGCAGAGGUGGGAGAAGUGGUGGUGAGGCCGUGUCCAAAGUAUCUCAGAUUCCUCACCAAUUUCCUCGGGAAUGUGACCAGGAAUUGUACAAGCCAAGGCUGGACAGAUGUGUACCCUGCACCGUACGCCCUAGCUUGUGGAUAUGAUUCCAACAGCACACCAGAGGAAGAGCAAACAACAUUCUACGGAACAGUCAAGACUGGCUACACCAUUGGAUAUACCUUGUCACUCAUUGCUCUCACAGCUGCUAUGAUCAUUUUAUGUCUCUUCAGAAAACUACACUGUACUCGAAACUAUAUUCACAUGCAUCUCUUCAUGUCCUUCAUAAUGAGAGCUAUCGCAGUCUUCAUAAAAGAUGUCAUCCUUUUUGAGAGUGGAGAAUCUGAACACUGCUUUGUGAGCUCAGUCGGCUGCAAAGUCAUGAUGGUUUUCUUUCAGUACUGCAUCAUGGCCAACUUCUUCUGGCUGCUUGUGGAAGGCUUGUAUCUUCACACGCUGUUGGUCAUCUCCUUCUUUUCAGAGAGGAAGUACUUCUGGUGGUACAUUUUGAUCGGCUGGGGUGCCCCUUCUGUGUUCAUCACUGCUUGGACUGUUGUCAGAAUUUACUUUUUUGAUGUUGGGUGCUGGGAGGAAAUAAUGGAAUCUCCAUUCUGGUGGAUCAUUAAAACUCCUAUUUUGGUGUCUAUUUUGGUGAACUUCAUUCUCUUCAUUUGCAUUAUCCGUAUCCUAGUCCAGAAGUUGCAUUCCCCAGACGUUGGGCACAACGAAACCAGCCAGUAUCUGAGACUGGCCAAGUCCACCUUGCUGCUGAUCCCUCUCUUCGGUAUUCACUACAUCAUGUUUGCUUUCUUCCCGGACAAUUUCAAAGCAGAAGUUAAGCUUGUCUUUGAGCUUGUGGUUGGGUCGUUCCAGGGAUUUGUGGUGGCUGUCCUGUACUGUUUCCUCAAUGGGGAGGUCCAAGCUGAGCUCAAGAGAAAGUGGCGGAGGUGGCAUCUGGAACGGUUCCUGGGCUCAGAUAUGAAGUAUCACCACCCUUCCUUGGGCAGCAACGGCACCAACUUCAGCACCCAGAUCUCCAUGCUGACCAAGUGCUCACCAAAGACACGCCGGUGCUCUGGCUUCCAGGCUGAAUUCUCUCUAGUGUGAUGGGGAGAGACUCUCUGAGCACAGAGCAUCUGAGAGAGAAACAGAGAUAGGGAGAAGGAUCCCCAGGAAUCAGUGCUAUGAUGACAAACCCUUGAGAAAUGAAAUGCUCGACAUGAGCCAACAGAAGACACAAAACUGGAAAAGCCACUGGCAUCCAGAACAAGAUCAGACAAGCCAAGAGGCAGAGAAAUACUUUCCUUCUCCCUCUUUUCAGACCUUUCACUCUAAGUUGAUGCCCACAGGGGGAUGAUAGCUAUGAGUAAAGGUCCUAGUCACUUGAGGUGAGCCUGGGAGGUCAGGUUGUGUCAUAAAUAAUGAAGUAAGGAGGGCAAAGGGAGCGUGAGUCCUUAGUGGCUUUACCAGAACCAGCGCCCCUGAAACAAAUUGCACUUUUCUUUAACGAAUGAGCCAGUCAGAGAGAGGGGGAAGAAGUGAAAAAAAAAAAAAAAAAAAAAAAAAAAAAGCCAAAUGUAUGAAUGUGCCAAAAAAUCAGUUGAUAAGGCACCGAAGAUAGAGCUGGGACAGCAGGGAGCAAGAACAGAAAAACACAAGCAGCACAUGAGAGGGAGAGGGAGAGGCCAGCACAUGGACCCCAUCCCUGCGUUUUGCAUUUGUGAAGAAGAAGCUAUAGCACCAGGAAGGCUUCUCAGAGGAUAUCCCAGCACUGGAGUGACUUCUGCUAAUUGCCUGCCAUCCAUCCCAUCCUCGUUAGCAAAAGAUUUCCAAGCGCCUUAGGGGUUCCUCUUCAAAAGCAGCUUGCUGAGAAGGAACAGUGUGAAUGCCCUUCUCUGCAUUAUGUUGAUAACAUUGAUGUUUGCUUGUUUGGUUUCGAUGACCAGGAAAAAAAACAAUUUGCAUGUAUAAAAUGCAGGUACAGAUGGCCAAAAGCAGAGCAUGGCUGUGUUUUUCAUUUUAAGUUCACCAUAGAUUGUGGUGCAUUACCACACCCAAGAUCAUUAGGGAUCAGGGGUAAACAAUUGGUAGGUAAUUUGUUUGCACAUGGUUAAUAUACACUGUGAGGAAAAUGAGAUACAGAACCCUGUAAUCCUUAAUUGAAUCAGACCACCAUAAGGACCCACUCUUCAGAUGAAAAAAUUAGCUUCACAGCAGAAAGCAAAAUUGCUUUCAUGAAAACAAGGUUAUCUCAGCACAUAACUGGCCCUCCAGGAGUCAGGAAGGAGUGAAGGAGCUAUUAAAUUGAUUUCUGCUUCAGCUUUUUCAGGGAGCUUUCAUCCUAUGAUGAAAGCACUGUUAGAUCUCUAAAAUGUGCAUGUGCAUCUUGCCUCUUUUCUAAAGGCCUAUUUGUUUCCAUAUUGGGGCAAUCCCUAUCUGAAGAACUCACGCAGAUGCAGAGAAUCUUGCUUUUGCUUUUCUUUUCUUGGUGGAAGGGUGAAGGAGUGGGGUGAAUUGGAGUUCUGCUCACAAGAGCCAGGCUGGCAUCUGGGGAGAUCAAGGUCACCUGUAUGCAGCACUGCAUGGACAACUCCUGCUAAGAGGUCCUGUGUUUGGUGCACUGCCUACAGUCCCAAAUCCAGGCAGAAGAUAGGCAACACUAGGAAGCUCAUGAUUUUUCUCACGUGUGUGUCCUGCCCAACUGACUUGGAGUUACACCAGUAUUUCACCAAAGAGCGUGAAAUCACUGCCCAGCCCGGGUAUACACUUAACACUGGGGCUGCUGAUAUCCUACAU